GGGGGUUAUUCUUUUCCCUUGUCUCUCUCUCCUAUUUCUUCCACUUAAAUGUAAGUAACGUUGGCGGAGUGUAGACCAGUAUGUUCACACAACCACUAUUGAAUAUUUUAAAUAUUUUCUAGGAGUAUUUAAAUGCAUCUUUUAACUUUAAAAUAUCUUUUUUAUUUUAACUUUAAUGCUCUUUUAAAAAAAAUCAGCCAAAUAUUAUCCAAAAUUUGUAGUCUGUUCUCCAUGAAGUAGACGUUUUCUUGUAAAAGUAGUCUUUCCACUGGUGGCUUUGUUUUGGCAUAUAGCAUCUUCGUGAUGUUGAAAUUACAUUAGCAGUAAAGAGAGAUGACCUGGAAUUAUUAGGCUUGGAUUACGACCCAAACUGACAUUCAUCCACAAAUAGCAGUGUGUAAGGCCCACCCCUAUCCUCAUCAAAGCAGUGUUAUUCUACAUAAUUCAAACUUUUAUAGGAUAAAGUUCUCAUGCUGAUGCUGUUGUAGUUUGACCUCAUUACGAUCAAGCUUCCACUUGAAAGUUUCACUAGAUUAAUGGAUCAAAAAGUGGCUUAUUUGAAUGAAUAUACGUUGCCUUUUUCGUCAUGUGUUCGAGCCCCAUUUUCAGCAUAAAUUUACCUCUAAAAAUAGAUGUACGAACUGCAUACGUUCUAUCCUUUUCAAGAUUUUAAUUCGUGGGAUUACGUCAGUGAUGCUGUUCUAUCGUCUCUUUCGUCAUACUUUUCUCAUGAAUUUGUAUGUGAUAUAUAGAAAUCAUGAUUGUGGAUUUCUGUUUGUCGCGAUUUGGACCACUUUAGGUUCCUUUUGAUGGAAACUUUAAGCUCAUACAAAGUAAAAGAAAAAAAAUAAAAAUCUUUCAAUAGUGUAUAGUUAAUAGGACAAGUGUCAGCCUAGGAAACUAUAAAGUACGCUUCAAUUAUAUACCUUUUCCACCACCCCUCCAUUCUGAUAUUGCUUAUUACUUAAGUUCUUUCCUUUUUGUCAGGAAUUGGAGAAAAAAAAAAUUACUGGUACUAUAUUAACAGUUCAUGUACCCAGGGGCCGUGCAAAUAUUGCAUUGUCAAGUUCACUGCUUUAGCUAAGUGAAAAGUUUGUAGAAUUAAAAGAUGAUGAAUAUAUCAGCCUCUUCAGUGUUCCAGGCUUAUCUCUCAAUGACGGCUUCAAUUACCCUUUUCAAGACAAUGCUGAAUCAGCUUGUUCCUCAGCAACUCCAGGUGUAUAUUGUCACAAAAAUCCGAAGCUAUUUUCGCCAAAAUUCAUCAGAUAUAACUCUUGUUAUCGAAGAAACAGAUGGCAUGGGCAUCAACGAGAUCUACACUGCUGCUGAAAUCUAUUUGUCUACCCGAAUCAGCCCUGAAUUCCAACGUUUCAGAAUCAGCAAACGGCCUAAAGAAACAGACGUGAAUGUUAAGUUUGGGAAUUGUGGGAAAAUUACUGAUUCCUUUGAAGAGAUUGAAUUGGUGUGGAGGUUUGUCCAUGAAAGUAACCAAAAGAAUAGUCUGAGAUUCCAUGGUGGUGAUGGUGACGGUGAUAGUUCUGAAAAACGUUAUUUUGAGCUGAGCUUUAAGAAGCAACACAAGGAAAGAAUCCUGAAUCGUUACAUCCCUCUUGUACUCACCGUAGCCAAAUCCAUGCACAGUGAGAAAAAACCCGUCAAGUUGCAUUCUCUAGCCUCUGGUAAUAUUUAUGCCUCUAAAGUUUGGGAGUCUGUUAACCUUGAUCACCCUUCAACUUUUGAGACACUAGCUAUAGAACCAGCACUCAAAAAGACCAUAAAAGAGGACCUUGAUAGGUUUAUAAAGAGGAAAGAGUUUUAUAGGAGAGUUGGAAAAGCUUGGAAAAGAGGAUACUUGUUGUAUGGACCACCAGGGACUGGGAAAUCUAGCUUGAUUGCAGCAAUGGCUAAUUAUUUGAAGUUUGAUAUUUAUGAUUUAGAGUUCUCAAGUAUAAAGCGCGAUGCGGAUUUGAGAAGGUUGUUGCUGAGCACCAAGAAUAGGUCGAUACUUGUGAUCGAAGACAUUGAUUGCAGUGUUAAGCUGCCUGAUAGAAAUGGAAAUCACCCAAAUAACGCAGCAAAUAGUUCUAAAAUGGAUCAGUUUACACUUGGUGGAUUACUAAACUUCAUAGACGGGCUAUGGUCGAGUUGUGGUGAUGAAAGGAUUAUUAUAUUUACCACAAAUCACAAAGAGAAGCUUGAUCCAGCUUUGUUGCGACCUGGACGAAUGGAUAUGCACAUUCACAUGUCCUAUUUAACUAGUGAAAGUUUUCAAGUGUUGACAACUAAUUAUCUGGAAAUAAGUGAUCCUAAUUAUAAAGGUUUCAAAGAAGUAAAAGAAUUGAUCCAAGAUAUACAAAUCACUCCUGCUGAAGUUGCUGAACAACUUAUGAAGAGUGAAGAUCCUGAGACUUGCAUUGAAGGUCUUGUCAAGUUUUUGAAGCGAAAAAGGACGAGUAUUAAUGAAGAACUGGAGAAGCAGAAAGAUGCCAAUAAUAAUACCACUGAUGAUGACACACAACUUCAUGAACUAAAGAGGAUCAAAUUAUAAGUUUGAGUAUGACAUAAUUCAGUUUGUUCCUUAUGAAGAAAAGAUUUGUACACGCUGUUUAAUUUUUAUUAAUGCGUUUUUAGUUAGAGAAGAUUUUUCCUUUUCCUUUUUUACUUUUCUUUAAUUUGGUGUAGCGACUUGAGUUUCGCUGGCAUUUUAUUCGUCUCUCAUGUAGUUGGUUUUGAAUUUUACCUUUGUGUUCUUUUCAGCGCAGAUAUUACGACAUGAUUUUACAUGAUGCAUUAA